AUGCGUCAUAUAUUUAGCCCUCUCCUCCUGCUCUCCUGCCUCUCGGUAGGCCUGGCGAACCGUGUAUACGUCCACCCGUUUAACCUCUUUGCCUCUGAGAAUGUCAGCUGUGAGACCAUCAAAACUGAAGUGAUGAAACCCCUGGAGACUGUCACUUUGACCCCCAUUAACAAUGACAGUGUGGCGCCUGACACUCGAGAACGCUCGGGCACUGACCGACUGAAACAGAACGUCACUCAGCGCACUGCUGUACUGGCAGAGCUGCUCAACUCUCUGGGCCUCCGGAUGUACCAGGCUCUGAGCAGCAAACAAAAGGACUCCAACACCUUGCUCUCGCCCAUGAAUUCCUUUGGCUCUCUGGUCACCUUGUACCUGGGGGCCUCCAAGAAAACAGCCAUCCCUUACCAGCAGCUGCUGGGCCUGAACAGGGACACGGACAGAGACGACUGUGUCUCCUUAGUGGACGGCCACAAUGUUCUCCGUACUCUGCAGGACAUCAAUUCCCUGGUGGAUGGGCCCAAGGAUGAGAUCAACACCCGGGUGUGGGCCUUUGCUCGCAAGGGCGCUGACCUCUCGAAGGACUUUGUCCAAGGCACCCAGGACUUCUCUGAUGCCUCGUACAUCAGAGCAGUGGACUUCUCCCAGCCCCAGGAGGCUGAGACCCAGGUCAACACCUUCAUCCAGCAGACGUCAGACAGGAAAAUCACGAACGUGUUCAAGGACCUUAGCGCAACCACAGAUCUACUGUUUGUCAGCUCUGUCCAUUUCAAAGGUAAGCACUCAUAGUUUUCACACAAGCCAAAAAACACAUUCAGUACAAUAGCAGUGUCAAAAUACUGCAGCAGCAUACAAAAACAAUACUACAAAAUCCACAUCAUAAGCAACAAAAGCUAUCCUUCCCUUUUUCAGGCAACUGGAGGAAGGCAUUCCAGCCAGAGAAAACUACCAUGCAGGAGUUCAUGGUUGAUGCGACAACAACUGUCAUGGUCCCUCUCAUGACCCACACAGGCACCUACAAGUACCUGAAUGAUAAGGACAGGAAGUGCACGGUGGUGAAACUGGCUCUGAGCAAACGGGCAUACAUGCUGCUGGUACUGCCUCACGAGGGGAGCAGCCUGCAUGACAUGGAGUCUCGACUACAGUCUGACAUCAUCUCUGGCUGGCACAGGCAUCUGAAGGAGGGGUAAGUCAGAAAAUAUCUGAGCUACAUCUUGCAAUGUUUCUGACAGAUUUAUGUUACCUAUGAUGACACCUACAAGUGCUGUAUUAUGUGCUGCAUUAAACAUUAAUAACUAUUACUGCAAUAUUGGAGCUCAAUGUUUUACUGUCCCGAGGAGAAUAUCAAUUGUUUGUUAACUGACACCACUUCACACUUUGCUCCACAAAGAUUUGUGGAAAGACAAAUAAACUAUCAAUCAAUAGUAAGCCAUCUUAAAGCUAGAAUCCUUAAUUGAAACAAUAACAAAGCGUUCACCCCUCCUGUGUUUUGGUAAAAAGCUGAGAGAUGGGCCUGGAGAAAUGUAGCCACUCAAAUUCAAAGACAGAGCUAUGGGUGCAAUUAUAUCAACAUUAUAAUUUUAACCAUGUUUGGAGGCCAUACAGUGUUUGUUUACAAUUACAUUGUUUGCAAACACUGGAGUAAAAUAAGCUUAUAUUAUGGGUUCUGAUAGGGUAUGACAGUUGAACUAAGCUCAUGAGGCAUUUAUAAGUUAUAUUCUUCAAUAAUCAAUGGGUAUAUAUCAUUAAUUUAUAAGUAAAAAAAUUGAUGUAGCAACUAAGGAUUCCAGCUUUAAUGGAACAUGUACUGUAGCAGCUAUCAGGAAUUGGGACAGAAAUAAGCACUGUGCAAACUGGUCUGUUAUUUUCCCUGUAGGUUCCUGGAACUGUCUCUGCCCAAGUUCUCCAUGACAGCCUUGACUGACCUAAGGUCGUUGCUUUUUGACAUGGCAGCUGAGAUUGAGAAAAGUCUGCUGGGUUCAGAUGCUGAGUUUGAGAGACUCAGCGGUAAGAAGCCGUUCAGUGUUGAUAAGGUAAGAUCUACAUUUUCCCCUUAGUGGUAUAGGAACAAAACAUCUGUUAACCCUAUGAGUGAAAUAUGUUUACAUAAACCUGUGAUACGGAGCAUAGAUACUAACCGUAGUCUACUAUGUGUGGGGAAUGCAAAUAGACAAAAGAGAGAGAAUGGGGGGGGAAAAACUGUUGGUACUCUAGUACUCUUAUCGUCUUUUGCAAUAAUUUGUUUUAAUCUAAUGGUGACUUGGAGCUCAUUGUAGUAGUGCAUCUCUUCCAGGUGUUCAACAAAGUCACGUUUGAGAUGUCUGAAGGUGGUGCUGAGACUCAAGACAAGACCCAAGAUGGAGGGGUUCCCCUCAAAUUCACUGUCAACAGGCCCUUCUUCUUCGCUAUUGUAGAGGGAAACUCCAAUGCCAUUCUCAUGCUGGGAAAAAUAAGAAACCCGACUCUUUAG